AUGAACGGCGGCAAUGACGACCACAACGCCAGCUGGCGGUCAUCGCAGUCUUUUGACAGCCGACGCGCCAGCCAUGAUCGCCGGCCAGGCCUCUACACUUUAGGGUCGAAUCAGAGUAACGCGAGCAUAUUUGAGGAUGUUGAGAUGGCACAUGACGAGCUCUACUCUGGCCCUAUGGCAGAGUCGCUCCCAACCAGCGUGUCCGCAUUCAACCACCGCCGAGCUCGCGCCGACUCUACCACUAGUUUCUCCUUCUACCAAGAAGACAUCGAUGAACGCUUUGAGGCAGGCGAGAUCGCCUCGUCCGAAGACCUCGACGAAUUACCGUUCGAAGACGACUAUGAAGACGACGUUGGAGCAUCAGAGAUUGGUUCAUCAGACUUGGAGCGUCAAGUUCCCGACAACGAAUACGUGCUCAACAGACGAUCCUCGAUUCAAUCAAGGAGAUCUGGGCAUAGUAGGGUUCUGCGCAGAGACAGCGGUGUAUCAGCAAACAGCGGACAUGGUGGAAACCGUACCAGCCAAAAAGUAUACAUGGUCAACGAAGAUCUCUAUAUCGCCAUCGCUGGAUUCCGCACGAGCACUUUCGGCCUGGCUGUUUACAUCCUCAUAUGCUUACUGACCUUUGGAGCUGGCUGGCUUUUGUUCAGAUGGGUACCUAGAUGGCACGUCAAGCUGGUUGGACGCCCAUCCUCGCUACGGGACUGUCAGUGGGUGGUUAUUGAGAACUCAUGGAACGAAAUGGCCAUCCUUGACGUUGACUCAAAGCCUUAUGGACGUGUCCUUUCGACCGUCUUCGGAACUCCGGGUAAACUGACCAGCUACUCGUUGGAUGAAGACCAUGACCCAAUCCUCCAGGAUCUCCGCAUGAUCAACUACCGCUACGUGCGCUUCUUCUACCAUCCGCUCAAGGAUAAGUUCAUCCUUUCCAGUGGCUGGAAGGAUCCGCUUUGGACAGAUGUUCAAACAGUUCGUUCCGGUAUCGACAGCGAAGAGAAGACCCACCGAGAUGCUGUUUUUGGAGGAAAUCUGAUCGACAUCGAGGAGAAGUCUACUUUCCGCCUUCUGGCCGACGAGGUCUUCCACCCCUUCUAUGUGUUCCAGAUUGCCAGUUUGAUAUUGUGGUCAGUUGACGAGUACUACUAUUAUGCCAUCGCUAUCUUCGUCAUGUCAGUUGGCAGCAUUGUGGCUACUCUUAUCGAAACCAAAUCCACAAUGAAGAGGCUACGGGAAAUUUCCCGGUUUGUCUGCGACGUUAGGGUGCUCAGAAAUGGUUUCUGGCGCCACGUCUCUUCCAGUGAUCUUGUACCUGGUGACAUCUACGAGGUCAGCGAUCCGAGCCUCGGCCAGUUCCCUGCGGACAGUCUUCUACUUGGCGGCGACUGCAUUGUCAACGAGAGCAUGCUCACUGGUGAAUCCGUGCCAGUAUCCAAGACCCCGGCAACCGAUCAGUCGCUCCGGAAUUUGGAUCUUGGUGCCUCUACCGUGCUGCCAGAAGUCGCAAAGCACUUCUUGUUUUGCGGAACCAAGAUCAUUCGUGCGCGCAGGCCUCAAGAUGACGGCAAUGAGGAGGCUGUUGCCCUCGCUCUUGUUGUCAGAACGGGAUUCAACACUACCAAGGGAGCUUUGGUGCGCUCCAUGCUUUUUCCCAAGCCGUCGGGCUUCAAGUUUUACCGCGAUUCGUUCCGAUACAUCUCUGUUAUGGCAUGCGUUGCAAUGGUCGGGUUUGCGGCGUCAUUCAUCAAUUUCAUACGGCUCAACCUGUCUUGGCAUCUCAUCAUCGUCCGGGCCUUGGAUCUGAUUACCAUUGUGGUCCCUCCUGCGCUGCCAGCAACGCUCACCAUCGGCACGAACUUCGCACUCGGCCGUCUUAAGGCGAAGAAGAUCUUUUGCAUCAGCCCUCAACGAGUUAAUGUUGGCGGAAAACUGGACAUCAUGUGUUUUGACAAGACAGGAACUCUCACUGAGGAAGGCCUUGAUAUUCUUGGAGUUCGGGUGGUCAAUCGGUCCAACAACCGAUUUAGCGACAUCCUCGAUAAUCCAGACGAUAUUGUACCUCGUCAGGAUCAUGGCACCGGGAUCAGAGACUCGACAGACACACUCAGGGCGGCACUGUACACCAUGGCAACGUGCCACUCUCUCCGGUCAGUCGAUGAUGAGCUUGUCGGUGAUCCCUUGGAUCUCAAAAUGUUCGAGUUCACGAGAUGGUCGUUCGAAGAAGGACACGAGGGAGGAGGCGCUACGGACGGGGAAGAGCAAGGAACACUGCAGCCAUCCAUCGCCAGGCCCCCAACUGUAGACAAGGGUUACACGGAUGCCGACCAGCAAGAUGCUCCACAGAAUGGACGCGCACCAUUUGAACUGGGUGUUCUCAAGUCUUUUGAGUUUGUCUCCCAGCUCCGAAGAGCAAGCGUUGUGGUCAGGACAUUUGGACAGAAGAGCGGAGAUAUCUUUGUCAAAGGCGCGCCGGAGUGCAUGCGAGACAUUUGCAAGCCGGAAUCAUUCCCUGCAGACUACGAUGAUCAGCUCAACUUCUAUACGCACAAGGGAUACAGAGUCAUUGGCUGCGCUACCAAGCACAUUCCUAAACUCAGCUGGGUAAAGGCUCAGAAAAUGACGCGACAAAACGUGGAGUCGGAUCUGGACUUCGUCGGAUUCAUUGUCUUCGAGAACAAGUUGAAGCCUGCGACGGCUCCGGUUUUGAAAGAGCUCGCCGAGUCCAACAUUGGAUCGGUCAUGGUGACUGGAGAUAACAUUCUUACUGCUAUUAGCGUUGCGCGGGAGUGCAGCCUGAUUAACAAGACGGCUCACUGUUUCGUUGGUCGCUUCGUCGCUGGUCAUUCGAGAGACGCUAACGCCAAGUUACAAUGGGAGAGCAUCGACAAUCCGAUUUACCAGCUGGACGACCGCACGUUGCUUCCCUUACCGCCACCGCCAGAGGGAGACGCCUCCCUUCCAUACGACAUUUCUAACCUACGGAACUAUUCUUUGGCUGUUAGCGGCGAUGUGUUCCGAUGGGUGAUCGACUAUGCGCCUCCAGAAGUCAUGCGGAGAAUGCUCGUCACUGGCAAGGUAUUUGCCCGCAUGUCUCCUGACGAGAAGCAUGAGCUUGUUGAGAAAUUACAGAGCAUCGACUAUUGCUGUGGCUUCUGUGGCGAUGGCGCCAACGACUGCGGCGCUUUGAAGGCCGCCGAUGUCGGUAUCUCCCUUUCCGAGGCUGAGGCAUCCGUGGCCGCUCCUUUUACAUCCAGAGUAUUCGACAUCCGCUGUGUCCCAGAGGUGAUCCGCGAGGGCCGAGCCGCGCUUGUCACAAGCUUCAGCUGCUUCAAGUACAUGAGCUUGUACUCGGCCAUCCAAUUCACGUCGGUCAGCUUCCUGUACGCUUCAGCAUCGAACCUCGGCGACUUUCAGUUCUUGUUCAUUGACCUGGCCCUCAUCCUACCGAUCGCCGUAUUUAUGAGCUGGGCCGGUCCAUUCCCAGAACUCUGCCGUAAGAGACCGACGGCCGACCUGGUCUCUCGCAAGGUGUUGGUGCCACUUCUUGGACAAAUGUUCAUCUGCAUCUUCAUCCAAACUAUGGCGUUCAUCGCAGUACGCGAACAACCCUGGUUCAUCCCGCCUACAGUUGAACACGAGAAGGUCAACAUUCGGAACUCUGAGAAUACUGCGCUCUUCUUGACGUCCUGCUUUGAGUAUAUCCUUGCAGGCGUGGCCCUGAAUGCGGGCCGGCCCUUCAGGCAACCUCCCUGGAACAACUGGCCAUUCGUUGCUGCGAUUGUUGCCACUCUGGCGUUUACGGGUUAUAUGAUCCUUGGUCCUGCUGCCGGACUCGUUAGUCUGAUGGACCUCACUCCUAUUAGCUGGGACUUCAAGAUGUUCAUCUUCACCCUGGGCAUCAUGUAUCUCGUGCUGGCUUGGAUUGGUGAGCACGUUAUCUUUCAACGACUUGCGCGCUUGAUCGGAAAGGUCAGCCAAUCUUUGACCAAGGAGCCCAAAAAGAGGAAGGAGUAUAAGGUCAUCUUGGAGAGGAUGAUCUGCUAA